AUGUUAUAAAAAGACUGGUAAGUACUCAAGCAAUGUAUUGUACAGAAACGCCAAAACCUGACUGUGAAGAAUGGGUGGCUUAUCGCAAAAAGCAAGAGGACGAGUUCAGACGUAAACAGAGCAUUAUACCGAAGCCAAACAUUCAAGAAACCGUGAAACUUAUGGCGAAUAACAGCGUUAUAUGCUUUGAGAAAGUUGUCAGAGAAUCUACUAUGUUUUUCAAAAAAAUUCCAGGCUUUAAUAAUCUAGAUAUGGAGGACAAAAUAGCUUUAAUUAAAGAAUCUCGACAAGAAACGCAGAUACCUAGUUUGAUACGAAGCUACCAUACAGAGAUGAAAAUCGCCUCUCCUGUGCCAGGCUAUAAUUUUAUUGUGGAGGAUGUGAUGCAUUUGAUGCCGGAUAAAGCAGAAGAUAUGUUUGAAUGUGUAAGGGUGCACGCGCAACGAGACAUAUGGCGAACUGUCACUGACGAAGAAGAGGCACUAUUUAAAGCCAUUGUUUUUACUGAUGCUGAUCGCUGUCCGACUUUAAAGAACAGGGAUAAAGUCAUAAGAUUACACCGUCAUAUGAUUGCCUGUCUUGAACACUUUCUUGAAACGACGUUCAAGGAUGAUGCCCCGGCAAGAAAAAGAGAAAUAGACUAUAUGCUUCUGAGUUGCAGAUAUUUUAGUGUAAGCUUCCAUAAUUAUAUGAAGGAAAAACUUCUGCAAAUCCCUGGGCAUGCGCAGAAUCAGACUCUUAAUGAAGUGAUGUUGUAGGUAGAAGGCAUGAAUUCUCAUCAGCAACUACUUGUUCGCAACUUUCACUUUAUGAAAACAUUUUAUAUCACGCAAAUCUUUUUAAACUUGUUAAAACUUGUAUAUUUGCACUGUAAAAUCAUCGCGACAGUUACUAGACAUUAGCAAACGCUUGAUUUUCUAAUCACGCAUGUUUUAUUUAAUAUUAUAAUAUUGAUUAUAUUAAUCAAUGAGAGUGUAGCGUAUGUAUAUAUGUAUGUCCAAGGUUUAUUUUUUUUGUGUGAUCGUUUAUUAUAUAGAGUCAAUGUAGUUUUAUUUAAUGUGAUGAAUCUCUCGUGAUAAUAAACUUAGUGUUUGAAAUUAUUUUUUGUCCAAAAGGAUUGCAAUAUUUCAAAUGAAUCGUGACACAUUUACUUUGGUAAAUCUGCAAACCGUUAAUCAUCCUAGUAAAUUGACUGUUUAAUAAAAAUAAUUUAAAACACUAAGCCGGUUAAAAUUUAUUAGUACGUAUUUACAAAAAUAAUUUGGUCGCGCGGCUGCGCCGCGCCUGACCAAUUUAUUUUUGUAAAUACGUAUAAUAAACUUUAACCUAUACAUAGUGCAAGAUUUUUCUGAAGAUUCUUUUAUUUUAUCUAAGACUAGACAAAGCUAGUCAAAAUGCGUAUAUGCCUUUAAAAUAUACGGAUUUCCCGUUUUAUCGAUGUA